AUGGAAAGGAAGGGCGAAGGUAGCGCGGCGGAAGCGGGGAUGGCGAUGGUGAUAGACGGGCGCCGACGAGAGAACAAGGGUGGACAAGAGGAAGAGAAGAGGGGGAGAAGCAGCUCCAGACGGGGACCGGCGGGGUCCUCCGACCAACCCAAGCCCGGGCGACGGGAUCAAACGAUCAGGUAA